UCCUGUGGAGAUGAUCAUCAAAUAAUGAAAUGGAAUCUCAUGUCGGAUGAAACCACUCAACUAGCAAAGUUGCCAGCAGAAGUAUAUGCCACAGAUAUACAUUUUUUCCCUAAAGCCACUGGUUCAAAAGGAAAGCAAGUACAAGCAGAUGUAUUUGUACUAACGUCUACAGAUGGCAAAUUUCAUCUGAUCUCAAGAUCAGGCAGAGUUGAGAAAUCAGUGGAAGCUCACAAGGGAGCAGUGUUGGCAGGAAGGUGGAGUUAUGAUGGAAAUGCCAUGGUAACAGCAGGUGAAGAUGGCCAAGUAAAAAUAUGGUCUAGAGGUGGAAUGUUGAGAUCAACAUUGACACAGUCAGGUACUUCAGUGUACUCAGUGGCAUGGGGUCCUGAUUCUGACCAAGUUUUGUUUACAAAUAGUAAACAACUUAUCAUUAAAUCUUUGCUUGCAAAUGCUAAACCCAUGCAGUGGAAGGCUCAUGAUGGUGUGAUACUAAAAGUAGACUGGAACCCAGUGAAUAACUUAAUACUCUCUGGAGGUGAAGAUUGUCGAUAUAAAGUAUGGGACAGUUAUGGUCGUCAGUUGUACUGCUCAGGAUCACAUGACUACCCUAUCAUGUCAGUUUCCUGGGCACCUGAUGGUGAACUCUUUGCAGUAGGAUCAUUCAACACACUCAGACUGUGCGAUAAAUCUGGG